AUGAUCACGCUCCAGAUCCUGCCCGUCAGCGGCAACGUCAACAACUUCCCGUACACGGGCGUCCUCGGCGUGACCGAUGUCGUCGUGCGCGGCCGCGUCGUCGCCGGGCUCGACGAGCGCGCGUCGGGCAAGGCGCCCGAGGUGCGCUGCAUCGCCGUGCGCCUCGUCCGCGUCGACGCGUGGGACGGCAAGGCGUCGCGCGACGUGACCAAGGACGUCGUCGACGAGCGUGUCCUGUGGACGCCCGAGAGCGGCGCCGACGCCGAGCGCCUCGAGCCGCGCGAGCACCGGUUCGCGCUCCGGGUCCCGCACGACGUCGUCGGCCUGUCCAAGAUGCAGUUCAAGGUCGGGACCUGCCAGGCGAGCGUCACUUGGCGCAUCGAGGCCUACGUCGACACGGUCAAAGUCGGCCGCAUCGAGGCGCAGCAUUCCCGCAACCUCAGCCUCGUCCGCCACGCCACCGUCCCGCUCUUUCCUCCCGACGCCGUGCAACGCGGCUGGGCCGCCUCGACGAGCGCAGCGUCGCCCGUCCCGUUCAGCUACGACCUGCGCAUCUCGGGCGAGCCCUUCGGCGUCCUCGAGCCGCUCGCCGUCGAGACGCACUUUCGCCUGCCCGAGGCGAGCGGCGUCCAGAUCAAGAGCUUCAAGCUCUGGCUGCGGCGAGACGUCACCAACCUCAAGAGCAACGCCCAGUUCCAAACGACGCACGACUUUGCGAUCGAGUCGGACGAGCUCGUUCGACCCGGACGCUCGAGCAAGCGCUUCGCCUCGGUGUUCACUCGCUCGUCGUCGUCGGUCGGCCCGUCAGCGACGACGACGCCGCCGUCAGAAGACGAGCGCACCCUGCACGGCCGCCCGCCGUCGCCGCCGUCCGACCCCGAGUCGUCGGUCGCGCUCGCGCCGCACCGGUUCCCGCUCUUUGCACGCGAGACGGCCGAGGUCGUCGAGCGGGGCAAGUUCCACGUGCGGGUCCCAGGCCAAGGGCCGCAUCGGUGGACGGUGGGCGAGACGGGCGAGAGCAGCGUGUUCCGGAUCUCGUUCUCGCUCGCGGGCAAGAUCUCGUACAAGCUCCGCAACGGCAGCUCGUUCUCGGUCGACCUCGCGCCGCUCCCCGUCCACGUGUGCGCCGCCAUCGACCCGCAGCUCUCGCGAGUCAGCUCUCGCACGAGCACGGCGGCGACGCUCCUCUCUCGCCUCGCCGACCGACGAGGCGACCGCCGCACGUCGGACUUUGCCCUCGAGCUCAAGUUCGACCGCUCGUCGCCCGGUCCUCCUCCAUCGCCUCUCGCCUCGCCCGACGCCGGCCUUGACCGCCGACUACCGACCGCACCCCUCCCUCACCUCACUUGUCGCCGUCCUCAUCACGGCCGCCGCAUGUCGGAGCACUCGGACGCCAACGACGCGCCCGCACGGACCCGCGUGCGGCGAGAUCCGCCGGCGCCGCUUCCGCUCCCGAACGCGACGAUGCACUCGCCGUCGUCCGUCACGUCGGCCCCGCCGGGUGUGUCGCGCUCGAGCACGCUCGAGACGCUCGGGCCCAUCACGCCCUCGAUGAUGGAGUUCCUCGUCACGUCGCCCGAGCCACCCUCGGCCCCAUCAUCGUCGUCGUCCCACCUCGCGCCGAGGGCCCCCUCGCACCCGCCCUUCUCGCCGUCACACUCGCCGCAGAUGAGCCGGCACAGCGCACGGUCGUGCCGCUCGUCGUCGGCGCGGUACCGCCCUCGCAGCGCGGGCUCGCAGCGGUCGUCGGUCCUCGGCGACUCGUCGCAGAGCGUGUCGAACAUGUCGAUCGCGUCGGUCGCGACUGCUUCGAGCACGGCGAGCGACCCGCUGCGGUCGCCUCCGCUGGCGGGCUCGAGCUCGACGCUGCUCGGGUCGGCCGACCGCAUGCUCGGCCUGUCGCUUGGCGGCGGUGGGGCCAGCGUCGAGGGCCUGCGCACCUCGACGUCUGCGCCGCUGCUCCCGGCGGCAGCAGAAGAUGGCGAGGACGGCGACGCCCGCAUGGACCUCCUCGACGACCCGUCCGCGCACCUCGCCUCGCCGAGCCCGCCCUCGUCGCCCGAGCCUCCACUCCCCGUCCUCGCGCCCUCAUCCUCGUCCUUCCGCGACCCGUUCGCCAUCGACGACUCGUCCGACGCGCCGCCCGCCGAGCCCGACAUGUACGUCUCGCCGCGCCACGCCCGCCUCGCCUCGCGACCGGGUCGGCCAUCGACCGCGCCGGCGCACUGCGACGCGCGGUCCGCCUCGGGCUUGACGGCACCUGCCUCGCCACCGCUGCUGUCGGCGUACGCGCCGCAGCCCGAGACGAGGCUCGUCUCGCCGCCGGUCGUCGUCGUCGACGCGAGCGCGACCGGCCCUUCGCGAGCGAGCAGUGCGUCGCCUGGCCCGACGGCGGCGACGGCGGGGGCGGCGGUCCUUCCCGCCGUCGGCUCGCGCAAGGGCAGCAUCGGCGUCUUCAUCUCGAGCAUCCUCGGUCGGCGAGGGAGCAGGCCGCUCACGGCGCUUUGA